GAGGUUAAAAUACAGAUCACGACAAAAAUCAAGGUUAUCGCCGAUGUUCUUACCGCAAACUCACGAACACUUGGAACCAGUAACAGUUACUGCGCUAGUUCGACUGCCACUGACUCUGUAUUCAUCUUUCGUUCUCGACGCAUAUCGUCAGAACAUGUUCCUUCUUGUGUUUUUGUUAUUUGGGAUCGUAGUGGGUGCAACUGGAGUUACUCCUUGUAAAACCCCCGACGGUUUAAACGGAGAUUGCAAGCUCGCUAACGAAUGCGAACCUCUUCUGAAACGACUGUCCCGAAGACCUUUGGCUUCCAGUGAUAUACUUUACCUCAAGAAUUCUACGUGCGGGUUCGUAGGAGCGUCACCUAAAGCAUGUUGUCCCUUUGGCUCGUCCACGAACAACAAAACUGGUCCUAUUGAACCGGAUUCAUUCGAUUUUGCAGCUGCUACUAGCAAUCUCUUACCGACCACAGAUGAAUGCGGACUGUACAACCCUUACAGAACGUUCGGUAGAGAACACCCGGAUCUGUACGAAUUUCCGUGGAUGGUUCUCCUAGAGUAUAACACUUCAGAGUCUCGACGAGGUUUCUACUGCGGCGGUGCUCUAAUCAGUACUAGAUACGUAUUAACAGCUGCAAACUGUAUCGAAGUCGCCAAGAAACGAAAAUGGAGCGUGGUUAGCGUACGACUAGGCGAAUACGACAUCGAUACGGACCCGGAUUGUGUCGACUACGGUUUUGGGGAAGAGUGUGCAGAUAAAUCUAUUGACCGCGAGGUGGAGAAAGUCGUAGUCCACGAAAAUUACAAGCUCCCGGGACACCACGACGACAUAGCUUUAGUGAGACUGAAAAAAGAAGUAGAGUUUUCGGAUUUUGUUCAACCGUUGUGUCUACCGAUGACGACUCAAGAGCUGACCCGAAGCUACGUGGGAAAGAAACUCUUCGUAGCCGGGUGGACCAUUACCGGGAUUAAAGGACCACCUAAAAUUAAACUAAAGGACCAAAUUCUUGUUCGAAAUUCCAGCGAAUGUUCUGUGAAGUUAACUGGGAUUGCGAGGGUCACAGAAAAUCAGUUGUGCGCCAGCGGCGAAGAAGGGCAAAUGUGGUGUAAGGGCAAUGGGGGAAGCGCUUUGAUGGCGAUAGGUACUGACAAAAUAAGGAAAAUCACCAGGUGGUAUGCCAUCGGCGUGUCGUCUUUUGGGAUGGCGGGGUCUUGCACUCUUGAGGUUUAUACAAGGGUUUCAAAGUAUGUUGAGUGGGUAGUAGCGCAUCUGGAGCUCUAAUUUUUAUAAAUUUGAUUGUCUAGAUAAUGAUACAAUGUUCGCUUAUUGUUGUAAAAUGUAUCAGUGAUAAUACAAUAAAGUUUUUUUAACGAUCAGAUUUUCGCA